AUGUCGACCCACGAAGACAGCAUUUCGACAGCUGUGUUUUCUCCUGGUGAUGCAGAAGCUUUACAAGAGUCAGGCCUAGCCAGUCCCCCCUGUUCUGAUGGGACUCGACGCAUUCACAAGCGAAGAUUGAAUCGAUCCAGUGACGAAGAAGAAAAUCAUCUCCCGCUGACGCCUGUAUCGAUGGAUGACAGCUCUGAUUGUUUUGUCAGUAUCCCUGAAGACCUCGUUUCAUUCGCCGCGCUUCAAUAUCUCGGGUACAACCACCAGACCGCCACUCGCAUCUGGGAACGAUGGACCAAUUGGCCCCCUGGAAGAAUCAAGCGCCAAUGUGAUGAUUUUGAAGACGGUAUCCCGUUCAUUGAAUUCGCCGAGGGCUACCUUGAUUCUGCGACCGAUACUUGUGAUGAUGAUGAUUCCGCAUGGUUCGACUGCCUUGACAAGUACGGUAUGAGCACCGAGCUCACGCAUGCAAUCAUGGAUGCCAAGUUUCGACACAUCCGGCUCACGCAAUCAUGCAAAUUCUGGGUACAAGACACCCUCAAACUACGAUACCGCGGACUCGAGGAGGUACAAGAGGCCUCUCGUGAACGUGAACGGGCAACUCAACGUGAAGCUUCACAUCCUAGCACAAACAACCCCGGUCCUCCUGCAAAAAGAUCCAUCUCGGAAUCGUUGAGAUCGGCCCCAUGGAUGUCGCCAGAGACUGCUUUGUCUUCCUUUGCAACCGGUGCAGCAGCAAAUAAGCCAGGGGAAACACAGUUGUACAAAGGAAUGGACAAGGCGUGGAUCAAUGACCUCUUUCGCGGUGAUGGUAGCCUUCACUUCGGAUGCCUUACGUCUAGAUCACCGGCUGAUUUCUCGUCAAGAAAGGCUAGUAUUUACUUCGCUGUUGAUCGAGAAGUUGCUAUGUGUUAUGCCUGUUACGCCAAACGUCGUUCUGGGGUCAAUGCCGUGGUGAUUGUUCAAGCGACCAUCCCGAACUCGGCCAUUGAGUCCCUCACCCCACCAGACAUCCAACACGUCUAUUGGCCAAGUGUGGAAUGGAAGUCACUUGUGCUCACUUGUCGUCAAGAUCGCAAGCUCUCGUCCGAACUCCGCAAAUUCAAGUUGGCCAAGCUUGUUAUUGGAUCCAUCUGCAACAAACCAAGCAUGGUCUUGGCUAAUAUGCAAUCUCCCGACGAGAUCACGGAAGGAUUGGUCUAUAAAACGCAAGAUGGUCGUGUUGCUGUUCAGUAUGUCUUCAUAGGCGACGAGGGAGAUGAUUUGUUAGAACAAUUCGCUAAAAUUACCGUCUUCCCUUUGACGAGCCGGGAAUUCGAGGCUUGGUAUAACGACGUCUAG